AUGAAGAAAUCUUACGGCACGCUCGCGGCGGCGAUCGGCGGUGACGGGCGCGAUGAGUCCACGCCUUUACUUCAGAAUCGCCGCCGCGAAGCCGCGUGGGCGCUGACGGUGAGCCUGGUCCUGGCCGCCGUCGUCGGGGCUUCGAUGCUGACGCUCGCGUACGUGCUCACGACGAAUGCGAAAUCUGUGGAAGAUCACGUGAAGGCACAAUUGGGAGGUUGGACGAGUUUCGGAAAGUCGGCGGCGGCGACGACGACAGCCACGGCGGCCGCCGCCGCGGGACGCGCGGGGGCGACGUGA